GUUGUUUUUUAACUGGUUGUGCUAUUUUCUCAGGAUUUCUUGGCUGCCUCGUACUUCUGGCAUCGCCACAGAUGAGUCCUAUCCUAUUGAAUAGUCGAAUCGGUGGCGAUGCUUGGGCCCUGGGUAAUUUUCAGAGAUGUCCUUUACCCAGAGAAGACAAGUCGAAAACAAAAGGUACCUACCAAGGAUUGCCUAGGAAUCUGUGGCCCUGCCCUGCUCACCCCUAUGCGUAAAGUCUAGCCCUUAGUCCUUGAGGUGACUGGGGCUGGAGAGACCGUGGAUACUCUUGCCGCUGUCUGCCUCCGGCUGAGGAUUGGUAGCAACACAUUCUCGUAUUUUGUGAAAUGUUUUGAUGCAUCAUCUUUCUAUUCCAGACUAUAUCUUUCAGACUUUUGAACAAUACUUUUUUUCAUUUACAUCUCUGCUCUGCUCUGCUCUGCGCUGCGCUGCUCCGAUUGCGAAAGCAUUCCAGUGGCAUUUCAUACGGAGGACUAGCGUCAAUCUGGACUAGCGCUCCCUCGAGCAGCGUAAGGUAGCCAGAAUGAGUUCAGGUCCUCUGGCUGGCCUUCCCAGCUAUGUCUACGCCAGAGAAGACCAAGAGACCUUCAACUAUCAAUACCCUCAAGCACAAUCGCAUGCGCCAACCACUUCGUCGUACGUGGUGAACUCCAACGGCGUAUCCCCCUACUUCGAAAGUCAAUUCCGUUCGUUGGAAUACCGGCCGGCUUCUUCCACGGUUUCUGCCGGCGCAUCAUAUGCAGCUGCAGCUGCAGCUGCGACCUCAACUCCAACCAUGCCCCAGAAACGCCCUUCUGAGGACGACAGCAGCAAUGGUUCACCAGUCAAUAGUUCACCUGCGAAGCACAUGAGAACGGAGCGUCCCGAGGAAUUUUCAAAGGCUGUCCUAAAGAAAUUAAAGGACUCGAACAGAACCGGACAGGCUUGUGACAGAUGCAAGGUACGAAAGAUCAGAUGCGAUCCCCGCGAGUCGGGAUGUGGCCCUUGCGAGCAGAAUGCAACGGAAUGCGUCACUACAGACAGGAUCACCGGGCUUGCGACCAGAAGAGGAUAUACGGAUGCACUCGAGCGACAAAAUCGGAACUCUCGACUUCGCAUUGAGGAGUUAGAACGUCAAGUAAUACAACUCGGUGGAAACAUAAAGUCUCCAAAUGGGUAUCAAAAUGCAGGUACCGGCUACGAAUAUCAGCAACCUGCUCCAACAUGGAAUGCUACGAAUUCAUACCCACCCCAGGACUUGACUGGCAGUCCUCGACAAGAGACCAACAUCUUCCGCCCACUUCCAGUCCCUACACCAGGAGCCUGCGGAUCCACGUAUCUCGGAGUAUCUGCUGGCAAUUCAAAUCUGAGUGCCAUUAAGGGAACGGCAUUGACCAUUCUUGGAAUGGAGAUCGAUAUCGCCAAUUUCGAUUCCUGGGAUAUGGAUGAGCCAAAGGAUGAGCAGUCGAAGGCAAACUUGUACAACAAAUCCUACCAAUCGUUCCUACAAACGGCAUUGAACGUCAAUCCUAAGGUGACGAACGUCGAACUCCCGGAACGUUCGCUAGGCUUCGAGUACGCCAGCUGGUAUUUUCGAGCUUUGAACCCAUACACCCCUCUUCUACACAAGAACACCCACAUGAAAAUGUUGGCUCGAUUUUACGAUGAUCCUACCUUCCGACCAACAACCGCCGAAACUGUCAUGGUGCACAUGGUAUUUGCCAUCAUGCUGUUUCAGUUCUCCGUCCGAAAUAAUGAUGACAUGCGAGUGAAGAAUGAUUACAAUGUGAAGUCAAACAUGCACUACCAUUAUUCACUCAACAAAUUCUACGAACUCUCUUGCAGCCACACCGUUCAAGAUGUGCAAGCCAUGACUUUGAUCUGUCUCCACCUGCGAAACUUUCCAAAGCCCGGUGCCAGUUGGAUUUUGACUCAAAACACAAUGUCACUCGCCAUUGAGCUUGGGCUACACCUCUCGGCAAAGCGAUGGGUUGUGGAGGCGAGACCAAAUCUUUUAGACAUCGAAAUGCGAAAGCGAACCUUCUGGGUCAUCCUUGCAAUUCAAGUCACACUCAGUGGGAAACUUGGUCGUCCAAUGAGUCUGAGGUAUGAAGAUUAUGAUGUAGAGUUCCCGGAAGUCAUGGACGACGAUUUACUUUCCGAAGACGGCCUCGACACUUCACGCCCAGGUAACUGUACACAUGAGAUUGGCUUGGUAGCUAUGCGUAUAUUGCCACUCUACAUGGAGCUUUACAGCAACAUCUAUGCAGUUCGUCGGUAUCCCGAUAGUUACAUCACAACUGUUAAAUCACUGGAAGCCAGAGUCCAAUCCUGGAGGGACAACUUACCACCACAUCUUCAACUCACCAAAGAAACAGCUGGAACCGAAAAUCGGCCUUUUGCUCUAUACGCAGAGAUGUGGUACUUGGAAUUCCGCCUCUUGCUCAGACAUCCAUCAGUGGAAAUGACGGAUGACAAAGCUUUCAAGGCAGAGGGUAUGCGAGCUUGUGACGAUUGCGCCCGUCAAAUGUUGAGCUGUGUCAUGGAAUUGCAACAGUACAACACACUCGACACAACUUGGUACAAUGCCGCUGUCUACGUUAUGGCUAUCACCACUACCUUGUUCGCAACGCAUGACAAGAAAUCAACAACGUCGGCAGAGAUUGCUGCUCUUAGAGCUGAUAUGGAUAAGUGGCUGAACAUCAUGGGGGAUGUUGGUCGUCUUCUUGGUUCUGGCGAUAGUUUGAAGGAAGCUGUGCGUGGAGUCAUUGAGGGCACUCUAGGAAUGCUUGAUAGAAGAGUCACUCCUCCAAACCCUUCCUACAUCCAGAACAGCAGUUCUCCUGCAGACUCAAAGAUGCAGCUUCAGCGAUCAGACUCUGACUCCGCCUACGGAAACAUGCCAGGCUACGCUCUCGAACAGAACGCUCCGGCGAACGGCCUCAGCACCACAGAAUUUUCUCAUGGACAGGUUCCUCACCACACAACUCCAUACCCUGCCGCGACAGUGUACUCGACAUAUGCCGAGACACCAUCCACCAUUGCUUACACACCCCACGACAAUUCGCAACCCUUCGCUAACUACCCUCCAUCCAGCAAUGAGCCACCUCUUCUCGGAGGCUUCCAAAUGGCCCCAGCUCAAACACAGCAAAACGACCAAUGGCAACGCUCGAUAUCUGGCAACCCUCCAGGUGCACAGGCCUGGCAGCAGUGGGCCCACAGCAUUGGACAAGUCGAGUCUCAAGAUCGUUACAGUGCAAGUGCUCUCAUAUCUCUUAAUGCUCGGGACAGCGCUGCGGCUGUGAACGGUGCUCAAACUGCGAUGUCGGAUAUGAAUGGUUUGCAGCCCGUCCUUGGAUUCGACCAGUCGAUGGGGAACCUGAAUGGAGUGGUCAAUAGCUGGCCGCAGAGCACGUUCUUGGGCCAAGGCCAGGAAAUGGGACCUGGGUCUGGAUGAAAGUUACGAUGCAUUUGUGAAUAUCGCGGGAAUUUCAAAAGUCUGCAAUCCUUUGGCGGGUCUGCAUUAUGGAUCUCAUGACGGGCGUCUUCGGUGCACUAGAUGGUUUGGCUGGUUGAUCUGGCGUCGCAAGGACUAACGAUAUACUGGAUACCCGAAGUGUGCACAUGGUGGGGUACGCUCAAUGCGACUUUAACAGUAGUGUUUGGCAUUUGCGACUUUGUAUGAUAGUUUUAUUAAUGACUACUAAUAGCUAAUGGGUGGUAACGGUCGGUGAUCGGUUGAAGGGUGGCGGAGGAAAAUCACACUGGUAUUCAUGAAUCUAGGUAUCAAUAAAAAGCAUGAUAUCCACAAUCGGUUUCUCGCGCCAUUCGUCUUGACGAUGUUCUUGAACACAGGUAAAUUCUUGAUGCUGGAGGUCUCUUCAGGCCGUCUUCCAACUUGGACUGAGGAGACGAGACUUUUCGAGGAUUCUGAUGUUUUUAGAAUAAUGAAAGUCGGUGGCUUGGGCAGUCCUGUGCAGGGACACGGUACCUCCCAUGAGCUGGACUGACAAUGGAAAGAAAGCAUGAAAUGGGUGUCAAGCCAGGCUGUAUAAUAGCGACCUAAAGUACCAUUGCUGAUAACCAGCGUCUUCUAGCCAAUCAGAGAAUAAAGAAAACACUUUGCUACUAAACAAUGAUAAGAUUACUGACGCG